AUGAACGUAUUAAAUCAAAUAGAUACAUUAUUUUUAGAUUAUACAAAAACUAAGGGAGUCAAAAAAAUAGAUGCAGAUUGGGAUGAAGGUAUAAUAGUUAAUAGAUAUAUAGAACUAGGAAAUGGAAUAUCAAAAAAUCUGAAUGAUGACAACAAAAAAACUGAACAAUCUGAAGAGAAGAAAGAAAAGAAAAUCUGUAAUCUAACAAAUGAAACACCUUUAGAUGGAAACAAAAAAAUUGACUCAAGAAAUGAUAUUUCUGAAGCAAUUAUAAAAGAAAAAGGAAGCAAUAUUAUUCCUAAUAAUAAUACUGUAGAUAAUUGUGUAUGUAUAAAUUCAUUUCCCGAUUUAAACGAAUUAAAAGAUGCAACGUUAGUUAGAUGGACUUGUAUGGUUCAGCAAAUAAUUUCUCCUGAAUGCUACCUUGGGAUUUAUAAAUUAAGAAACAAAAAAACUGGAGAAAUCAUUUUAAAAAGCUCAAAAUAUAGAGACUAUAUUGACAUGGACGAUGAUUGGGAAGUAAUUGAAGACAGUGAAAAAAAAUAUGGGAUUGGUGAAUACUAUGAAUCAAACUAUGAGAAAAAUAAUGACAACACUGAGCAAGGAAAUAAGGAUAAUGCAAAGGAAAAUGAUGAAGGCUGCACACAAAAAGAUAAGAAAGAUAUUAUGCUUUAUGAUAAUUAUAGUAAUUUCAACAAAUAUUGGAAUAGAUAUUUAUUUUUAUGUACAAAUGUACCAGGGAAUAAAGGCUCAUGGUGUAAAAAUUUGUAUGAGUAUACUUCAUAUCUUAGUAAUUCUGAAUUUUUUUUAAAAAACCCAAAUAAUUAUGAACAAAGUGUUAAUAAAAAUUCAGAUUCAAUUGGGCAUUCAUGCAAAUUAGUUCGUACUAGUGAAUCUAAAUUGGCUGAAAGCUCAGAUAAUGUAAAAAAUAAAAAAACGAGCAUAUGCCCUAAUCCUUCGGAAAAUAAUUUAGACAACAAUAUAAAUAAUGAUAUAUCAAAUUCUUUAUUAAAGACUGAACUGUCUCAAAAUGGAACUGUAAAAGAAGAAAAAGAUAAAGAAUUUAUUACUUCCCAAAAAAUGAGAUGUAUAGUAAAAAUUUACGAUGCGAAUAGUCAAUAUAACGGGAAAAAUUCAGACGAUUUUUUAAAGUUAAAUGAUAUAAUUGAAAUAAUAGGUAUAUUUCGUAAACAUCAAAUCAAAGAUUAUGAAGACUAUCAAAAAAAUUUGAAUUAUUAUUUUUCCCAUGAUCAGAAUUUUUUAAAAUAUCCAUGUAUUCAUGUCUUCCGUUAUACUAAAAUAAAUAUUUUUAAUCCUAUAAGCAAUUGUAUAUUAUUUAAAAAUGACCUUACAAAUAUUUUAGAAAGUGGUCCAUUCAAUAAUGUAAAUGAUUUGAGAAAGCAUCUAAUCAUUUAUAUUUCUACACAUUUUUCUAAUGAUUUAUUAGUUGCUAAUUAUAUAUUUUUUUACUUAUGUGCAAGUUAUAUUAAUGAAAGCAAAUUAAAAUUGGGUAAAUUUAGUCUAGGUAUUUUUAACUUGUUAACAAAAAAUACUUCGAACGACAAACCAUAUCGACAAAAUACCGAUGCAUUAAACAAUGAUCAAAAGGAUUUAAAUUAUGUAAAAAGAGAUAUAACAAAAUUAGAAGAACCCGUGGGAAAUACUGUUAGCCAAAUCUCCGGCACAAAAAAUAUUAAUAAUUUCAAUAAUGAUGAAAAAACAGUUGCUAACAAUAUUUUAAAUAUAAAUAAUAUGUUCAUAAACUUGAUUCCUUUAUAUAGAUACAUUCCUCUUUCUUUAAGUAAAUUAAACAGUAACCAUUUAGUAUCUGUUAUGAAUAAUGAUAGUGGAGAAUUAAAAAAAGGAAAACUUCAGCUAGCUAAUAAUACUUAUAUUGCUUUUGAUGAAUGUUUAUUAGAUGUAGGUAAUCUUAAUAGCAUUGGCAUAAAAAAUUUUCAUUGCAUAGAAAGAUUAAUAACAUCACAAGAACUACCAUAUAUUUUUAAUACUGAUAUUACUUUUGAAACACAAAAUAAUAUAUUAAUGUUAUCCAAAAAAAAAUCAAUGUUUUACAAUUAUAUCGACAUAUCUGUUCCUAUACUUCAAAAAGAUAUAAAACCUCUAAAUAAAAGUAAUGCUAAGAAGGAAUCAUCUUUAAAUGGAGUAGACAACUUAAAAACAGAUCAAAAAAAUGACAUUGGAAUUGAUCAAAAUAAAUCUAAUGAUGAUGAAAAUAUUUCAAAGUCUAUUUCAUUUUCAAAAGAAUUUAAAAAUAUCUAUGAAAAUUAUAAGCCAAAUGAAAAAGAACUUAUGCAAUUUAGAAGAUAUAUCAAUUAUAUAUUAUCAAAAAACCAUUCUGCAAAAAUUACUACAGAUAUACAAAAUUAUAUUACCGAUUAUUUUGUUACGUUGAGACAAACAAAUAAAUCCAUAAAUCAAUUUAUUUUAAAUACAUGGAUAUGCAUGUCAAGAAUAUUUGCAUUUUCAGAUGGAUCUGAUGAAAUAACUAAAGACCACUGGAGCUAUAUCAUGGAGCUCGAGGAGGAAAGACGAGUCCGAAUGGAUAAUUUAGAUCGAAUUUAUGUUUAA